CCGAGUUCAAUUCUGAUGUCUGUCAUGUUUCUUGGAAGUGAGAUGAAGGAGGAUGAAGGUAGUGGUUCCUGAUGUUGUGAGAGUAAAGGAAAUAAAUUGAUCACUGUCGAGUCAAUACCCGCAGCAAUACAGCUGAGAAACUCCCCCGUUCGUUUGUGCCUGCUUCUGUGCCACAAAAGAUGGCUGCCAGAGCGGAGGAUCAAAGUCAGAGCGGAAAUAUCCUGCUCUAUGUCAUGGUUGGCAUCUACGUCUUUCUACUGAUGAUGAUCGCCAAGAUUGCCCACGGCCGAAAGAAAAGGGUGGCAGCUGAGGAGGGCGAGGUUCAAGCUCACUUUGGUGGGUCUUUUGGAGCAUUCACGCUCUUCCUCACGACCUUUUCCACCGUCUACUCCGGCUUCACAGUGACGGGCAUUCCUGACGAAGCUUUCUCGAAGGGCUUUGUGUCUGUGCGAUGGGUUGGAGCCACCUUGGUCAUUGUCGCAGGCAUGCUGCUGAUGUAUCCAAGGCUCCGACGCUUGGCUGUUGCACGGGCCUACAGUAGCCCCAUGGACUUCAUCUCGGACCGCUUCGGCACGGUGCGGCUGCGGCUGCUUUGUGCGGCCUGCGGCAUCAUUCCCAUGGUGAUCUACAUCACGGCACAGAUGAUCUCCUUUGCUGCCAUGGUCGAAGGAAUGACCUUGGAACUUGUUCCAAAGUGGGCCUGCAUGCUGAUCUUCUGUGUGCUGAUCCUCACCUUGGAGGUGCUUGGCGGAAUGAACAGUGUGGUCCUCACCGAUGUGGUCCAAUGCAUCGUGAUGAUCGCUUCCUUCGUGGUCGUCUCCGCGGUGCUUGCGGCGGAGUAUGGCUCCUUGCCACAGCUUGGGCCAUCGGAUUGCUCCUUCCUGGAACUGGUCUCCGGCAAUGUGACGGAUGCCUAUUCUGUCCCGGAGACCUGUGGACCAGACCAGACGGGUUGUGUGAAAGCGGGUUGCAUCGCGGCGGUGAAGCCGAACUUCUACGAGUUCCCGAGCCGAUCCACCUUGUGCGACAUCAUUUUCUUCCUCGUGAACAUGCUGGCAGCCCCUUUGCAGCCCCACAUGGUCCAGCGAGCCUACAUCGCUUCAAGUGAUGCCAAUCUUCGCAUCGUGAUGGCUGCCAUGCUGCUAGCGCCAUUCGUGGCACAACCCCCCGGCAUUGUCAUCGGAUUAACGAAAAGUGCGUACAAUUCCGCUUGGCCCUUGGUUGAUCAAGAGGCCACGGCCUUCUCUGGCUUGACUGCACAACUCAAGAUGACGGGACCUUUCCAGUACUUCUUGGUGACAGUCAUGACCUGCUCCUGCUUGGCCGCCAUUAUGUCCACAGCAGAUUCCGCCCUCAUGGGAGCCUCCAGUGUAGUGUCUUUAGAUGUUGUAAAGGGGACGCUGCUUCCCUCGCUCUCCAAGAAGAACGUUGUCCGGGUGGGUGAGUUGAAUUCAGUGCUCGUGUGUGGUCUAGCCUUUCUGCUGGGCAUGCAUUUAAAUGCUGACCAGAUGGGCGUGAUCAUUGUUUUCCAGAAUGGUAUGUUGAUGCAGAUGCUGCCGGCCUUUUGCUUCGGCUUGUACCUGCAGGUUUCGGAGCUUCCUGUUUCCGCCGGAAUCUUGACCGGCCUCAUCUCCUUGGUGAUUCUCACCAUCACAGGUAAUCCAUUGGAUGGCUAUGUGCCGGCGGUCAACGUCUCUGUCUUCCUGAACUUUCUCGUCGUGGCUGUGAUGGAACUUCUCGGUCGAUGUGGAGCCUGCGGAGGCUGCGAGAAGUCCACCGAAUUGGACGUGGCGGAAAUUCGCAAGGUCAUGGCGACUUCCAAGGAGCCCAAGCUAGUGCUGAUCGCUUUGAUGUUUGGCUUGGCCCUGAUCUCUGCACCUUGGUAUGGUGCACCAGGAGUGCAAGAGCCCAUGAUCUGGGGCGCACCCAGGUGGGCACUCAUCCAGAUGAUUUGCUACGUGGUGAUUUUCUUCCUCGGUCUGGUGACAUCCUUCCUUUGGAAGCCACCCACCCAGACGCCCGUGAAGGGCCCUCCCAACACCGUGAAGGGCGGGGACCGCGGGUAUGUGCUGCCGGGUGUCGACGACCGUGUGGUGGGUGUGGCGCCCUCGGAGGCGGAGACGGCCUCGACGGAACAGGUGACUUCCACGGAAUCCCAGCGGAAGGUUUGAGAGAUGAGAGAGGGAUAUGGGGAUGUUCGAUAGGAGAGGGCCACCUUCGAAACUGGAGAGAUCUGCCUUGGACAUGUUCCUUUUGGCGCAGAGGUGGUGCCUUAUUUUGGAGUUUGCAUGCGAAUUAACACUGCCGGAUGUAGUUGUAAAGUCAGCAGACAUGGCAGUGCAUAGUCUUUGCUUUCUCAGUGUCCCAAUCCUGCUGCAGAUGGCACAGGUCAGGGGAUGCCUUAAGAGCAGACGCUCUCAACUCUCCACCAGAAAGGACUGGCGCCAUUUCUCGUUUCGUAGCCUCGUAGCACAGAUGGUCUUGUGACUCGUGGUUGAAGGUAACAUAUUGCAAUCAUGUUGGUUUCCGCCUUUGGCCGAACGGAAAGGGCUCAAAGCUUCCCAAGAUGCAUUGAGCCAGAACGUGAGCCAUGGCCGAAGGGAAGCCCAAGAAGAAUGUCAGCCAUGAGAUGAUCAUCUGGAAGAAGCUCAUUGAGACGGAGCUAAAGACUGCUGCCAAUUGGGAAUAUCAGUGGGGGUUUCUCAAAGCCGACCAGUCCAAACGUCGCUUGUCUGGCUGUGCGUCAGCCCCAUCUCUGGGGGCACCGAAGGUGGUGAAGAAGUUGGAUCGGUCGCAGGCUUUGUUGUCUCGUGUCCUGGAAAGGCCUCAACAACGCUAUGGCCGUCCGAUGAUCACAUCCCACGAGAUCGGCUGGCGCGAAAAGAGUUUGGAGCGCUUCGGUGUGAGCCAGCAUGGCAUCAAGCGGGACCCGGGCAUUUGGCCAGACUACUAAGUGUCGAUGAAACGCAAUUAUAUCGGGGGGAUAGAGUGCUUUGACCAACUGAUGAUCUAACAACAUCCAACAGCCACAUUGUGUGGUUCCGACUUCAAAUGGCUUGAUGCGUGUUACGCAGACUUGGAAGCCUGGUUUAGUGUUUUUUGUCUCACAAUAGCCGCAACAGCCGACAGGCGCCUAGCUUUCCUUCCCAAAUGGGAUAGGAAUCGUUCGUUGGAUGAUAAAAAAGCAAAAACACAACUGGAUUUGGACCUUUGCAUCGCCGGACGGAGUGUUGUGGGGAUGAAUAUAUAGACGGAACUCAGAAGCUAAGGUGUUUAUUGACUUCAUUGCAUGUCCUGGUUCUCGUGCAGUUUAUACGUUGCACAGUUAUUCGCCCUGUGGGUUGGAGGCUCGAUGUCAAGACAAUGUAACUGCAUUGUUGCUUUGCAGCAUUUGUGAAUGCUUUGUUUUUGGCUUAUGGUUUCUGGAUAGC